AUGUCUGAUUCUGAGAGAAGCGUUGAUUUCAAGACAUCCAAAUUAGGUACAAAGGAGUACUGGGAUAACUUCUACAAAUUGGAGCAUGAUAAUUUUGUAGAAAACCCAGAAGACAUUGGAGAGUGUUGGUUCGACGAAUCCAAUGCAGAGGAAAAAAUGGUUGAUUAUUUUUUUGAUAAUUUAACACAGCAUUUCCCGAACCCGCAUGUGUGCGAUUUGGGUACUGGUAACGGACAUUUAUUGUUUCAUUUAUAUGAGGAGGGUUUACGUGGUGAACUUAUUGGUGUCGAUUAUAGUGAAACCAGUCUUGAAUUUGCUUCACAUAUUGCUAAGAAUAAGGAUUAUAAUGUCCGGUUUGAGAGGUCGGAUAUCUUAGAUUCUAAAGACAGUUUUUUAAGAUCAAACAUAGAAAAGUUUGACAUCAUUCUUGACAAAGGCACACUUGAUGCAAUUGCCCUAAGUGAUACCCUAUAUGAAGGUAAUUUAACUGGUCAUCAGAUAUAUCCUAUGAGAAUUGUAGAACUACUAAAACAAAACGGUGUCUUGUUAAUUACUUCUUGUAAUUUCACAGAGGAAGAACUAACACACCAUUUUACAAAAGAUCACUUAUUUAGGGAAUUUGGGAAAGUUGACUACCCAAAACUCGAAUUUGGAGGUAGAAAAGGUUCUACUAUUUGCACUAUGGCUUUCCAAAAGCUGUGA